CAAUUCAAUUCUUAUUUUGGUUGUGGUUGGUGCCUGCACCCUGGAUCUCUCAUUAACAGGUCAAUUCGCUAUACGGUCUCUGCAGAGGUAGUUGAUGACAGAAAAUCGAAAAGUGCAAUCCGUGACAUGCGUGAAGCUGCAUCACAGGGUGUUAUUUGCAGAGGGUUUAAGGGUCCGUCUGCAUUGCUUAACUUGCCAUCUUUUAACGUUAUUGAAUCCUUUGUUCCAGACUACAUGCAUGCCGUCCUCCUCGGCGUGUCUCGGACACUUUUGAGCUUGUGGUUCGACAGCAACACCGGAGGCGGGUUUUAUCUUGGAGAUCCGGCCACUGUGAGGCUAGUAGAUCGCAGAAUAAAGGCCAUUAAGCCUCCUUCUAAGCUCGGCAGGUUUCCUCGGGGGAUCAGUGAACGAAAGCUUUGGAAGGCACAAGAGUACCGGUCGUGGCUUCUGUAUUAUUCGUUGCCGGUCCUCUAUGGCAUUUUGCCAGAAUCCUUCCUUGGGCACCUCGCUCUUCUUGUACACUCCAUUUUUUGCGUAAUUCAGGACACACUUACAGGGGACGACAUCAACAUGGCCCAAAUUUUGUUAACGGAAUUUGUGAUCAAAUACAAUAUGCUAUAUGGGGACAUCAACAUGGUUUUCAACGUUCACAUACUCCAGCACCUGGCAAAGGAUGUUUUUCGUUGGGGGCCUUUGUGGACCCAUUCCGCCUUCUGCUUUGAGUCGUACUAUGGCGUUUUGGUUAAAUCUAUCAAGGGCAACCGUGGAGUUGCAAUGCAGGUGUUACACAAAGCUAUACUUAAGCAGUCUGUAAAUUUUUAUGUCUUAACUAAAGGAACGGAUGUAAUGAAGAGAUCCCUUGCAUUUUUCAAGGAUGAGAAAAGGUGCCAUUCGGGGGACACAAUCUCUAGCGUAACCCUUUUGGGCCAAGCACAGCCGUCCAAGUUCAGUAACGCCGAAAAACGAUGCAUUAUCACUGCCCUUGGUACAGUUCCUUCAUGUCUUUCAGUCUUCUUAAGAUUCAUCGCUGGAGGAGUCGUGUACCAUUCAGCUCAAUACUCACGUCCUCAAAAAAUCAAUGACACUGUUGUAGUUCUUCAAGGCUAAAAGUUCGGCAUUAUUCGUUAAAUUUUUUCUUACAGGCUUAACAGUGCACAGGAAGUCGGUUUAAUUGUGGAGGUACUCGAAGUUGAGGAUGCAGCAUUUUGUGGGGCUCCGCACAUUGCAGUUGGGAGUUUUCUUCCCUCAAAAUGGUCGCUGUUUCGGCACUUUUGAGGAAGGCAGUGCGAGUGGAUGUCGAGAACUCUACGUUUGUUUGUAAGGUUCCCAAUCUUCUGGAAAUUAACUGAUGCAGGCUGGGCUGCAGUCUUAAUAGGUCACCAGUUUUAUUUUUAAUUUGUCUGCUUGUUCAGGGUGUCUUCCUAAUUGCUUCUUUCAAAUUUUCUGACUUUUCCAAGUUUUCGCUGACUACGGUAGAAUACCGUGCAUCCGCCCACACCACACUAAGCGCCCAUUCCCAA